CCACUUCCGCCUCUUGACGUAACCAAGCAGUUCUGGUUUACUGUGAGCGGCAUUGUGCAACUUUCAAAAUAAACCAAUAAUUAGGGUUGAAGAUUUCACGCAAACUCCGUUCUGCCUACCGCCCAUCGAGCACUUGUAGGUGGAGACAACAACCAUCUUCAUCGGAGGAGGAAGAGCUGUUUAUACACAGACAUGAGUUCACAGAUCCGUCAAAACUUCCACCAGGACUGCGAGGCUGCGAUAAACAGGCAGAUCAACCUGGAGCUGUAUGCCUCCUAUGUUUAUCUGUCAAUGGCAUACUAUUUCGAUAGGGAUGAUAAAUCCCUUUUAAAUUUUGCCAAGUUCUUUAACGCACAGUCCAAGGAGGAGCGAGAGCAUGCAGAGAAGCUGAUGACUCUGCAGAACAAGCGUGGAGGCCGAAUCUUUCUGCAGGAUGUCAGGAAACCUGAUAGAGACGAGUGGGGCAGCGGCCUGGAGGCUCUGGAGUGUGCUCUGCAGCUGGAGAAAAAUGUAAACCAAUCCCUGCUGGACCUGCAGAAACUGGCAACUGAACACAAUGACCCUCACAUGUGUGACUUUAUAGAAACCCAUUUCCUGGACGAGCAGGUGAAAUCCAUCAAACAGCUGGCGGACUGGAUCUCCAGCCUGCGCCGGAUGGGGGCCUCUCAGAGCAGCAUGGCUGAGUACCUGUUCGACAAACACACCAUGGCUGAGGAGGGCAGUUAAACCGAGCUGCAACUCCUGCUCACGUCCGCACGAGAACUGCAUGCGAUACCUAGGCUGCUUCACUUUAUUAGGCCAAAGAUCACCUGUGACUUCUGCACUUUGUAUGGCAUUAAAGUCUCUCAUUCAGGCUGCUACUGCAUUCAUAUUCCGUUAGAUGGUCUACAGAGACCUGCUUCUCUUCAAGCAACACCUGUAUCGGGGCCGACGCUGCACUGCCGCAGCUGCACGAUAGAUACAUUACUCGUAUUUAGCAUCUGAAGAAAAAUUGUUACACAAAGUCCUUUUAUUUCUGAUUUUAAAAUAAAUACUUUCACCUUUUCAUAUAAAAGUAUUGCAGUUUAAGCAUUUACUGACUAACUGUAGUGCUUAAUAUUGUAUGUGAAUAUUUGUAUUUUUUUGUUUUAAGUCGACUUGUACUUGUAUAAUGAGAAAAUAAAGUAAUAGCACGCACA